UCUGAAAACAGAUGAUCAUGGAGGGCCCAAAGAACCAUGCAGAUAACUGGGCUGUAGGAGUUUUCUUCAAUAAACCACAAGAGAGUCAGCCACAAAUGCGUUCUGUUCUAUGGACCUCUCUCUUCUUCCUGUUCAUGGGACUAGGAUCCUCUGAAAAAGACUCAACUCCAAUGGUGGUGUCAGGGAUCUUAGGAGGUUCCGUAACUCUCCCCCUAAACAUCUCAGUAGACACAGAGAUUGAGAAUGUUGCCUGGACUGGCCUUAAUGAAGCUCUUGUUUUAGCACGUCCCAAAGGAGAUCUAACCUUUUUGGUCAAAAGCUAUGAGAAUCGAAUAAACAUCAGUGGGAACUACUCCUUGUACAUCAGAAACCUAACUCAGAAAGAUGCAGGAUCCUACAAAGCCCAAGUAAACCAAAAGAAUUCUGAAGUCACUGCUAAGAAGGAAUUCAUCCUGCAUGUCUAUGAGCAUGUACAGGAGCCUCAAGUCACCGUGAAAUCCAUAAUCAUGUCUGAGAAUGCUUCCUGUAACAUCACCCUGAUGUGUUCUGUGAAGGGGUCAGAAAACGGUGUCCUGUACAGCUGGACCCAGAGGGACACCAACACUUCUGAAUCCUAUACGGGCUCUAUCCUCACUAUCUCCCCAAAGCUCUGCGAUCCAGACCUGUCAUACACCUGCACAGCCCGGAAUCCAGUCAGCCAGAGCAGCUCUCGCCCUGUGCAGGCCUGGCACUUCUGUACAGGAACCUCCAGCAUAAACACAAUGGGGGAGACAGUGGUAGGGACCCUGGGAGAGCCAUUCACCCUGCCUCUGGCACUCCCAGUCAGUCAAGACACAGAAAACAUUGUCUGGAAGUUUAACACAUCUCUGAUCAGCAAGGAGUGGAAAGGAGCAGCAAUGGCAGAUCCACUUAUUAAGCCCAACGGUUCUGAUGAGAGCAGGGUGUGGGUCUCCAGUCAAGACUACUCCCUGAAGAUCAGCCAGCUGAAGAUGGAGGAUGCUGGCCCCUACCAUGCCUAUGGGUGCUCAGAGGCCUCCAGAGUCACCAGUAUGAGACAUGUCAUCCUGCUCGUCUACCGGAGGCUGAGGAAGCCAAAUGUCACCUGGAGGCUCAUGCACACCGAAGAUGGCAUCUGCAGGCUCAGCCUGACCUGCUCCGUGGAGGAUAGUGGUAACAAUGUGACAUACACAUGGAGCCCCAUGCAGAAGGGAGCUAUUGUGUCCCAAGAGGGAUCGCAUCUCAAUGUCUCCUGGAGAAGUAAUGAAAAUCACCCCAACCUCACAUGCACAGCCAGAAACCCUGUCAGCAGCAGCUCCCACCAGUUUCUUUCCAGGAACAUCUGUUCAGGGCCUAAGGAAAACAAACUGCUUUGGAUUUGGCUCUCCCCAGGUUUCAUCCUUCCAUUGUUGGGCAUCUUCAGCUGGUACAUGUGGAAGAAAAGAAGAUGGUGUUCAGUGCCAGCCUUCGGUUACAGCCAAGCUGAGGUCCCAGCUGACACACCAGAACCCACGUCUGGCCACACUGUAUACACUAUGAUCUCCCAAGGGUAUGAGAAGCUGGACAUCCUCCCUAAGACUGCCAACCACUGGUCUAGGCCCACCUCUGACACCAGCUCCAGCAGCAACAUCACAACUGAAGAGGAGGAUGAGGAGAGAACCCCGAUGCACAGUUCUGUCAACGGAAAAGAUGAGGUGUAUGACUGGGUCACUCAGGACGUUAGACAAGACUCAGCCCCUGAGGGGCAAACAGAGUAUGUCAUUCUAGAUGACACAGCAGUUGGAUCUGUGGUUGAAGGGGAUUUGGAGUACAUGCAAGUGGUCCUUAAUCUGCAGGAAAAGAACUCGGCUCCUCAGAAGAAAGAGAGCUCAGUCACAAUCUAUUGCUCUAUACAGAAACCUCAGAAGGUGGUGCCACCGCCACAACAGGAUGAUCUUGAGUCUUCUGAAAUCCCUACCUAUGAAAAUUUCACCUGAAAAGAAAAGCAGUUUCUACCUCUCUCCUGCAGCCCUGUGGUUGGAAAAGCAACUGGACCUCAUGAAAGUGAAGUGCUCCUGCAGAUAGAAGCGC